CGGAAGCGUGCGAAACGGAACGUCCCUCAGCGACCGACCGGGUUCUUGCUGGGGUCGCCUACUGCUGACGUGUGCCGACCGGCUUCUGGCCGCGGUGUGGGUCGCUAUGGCGGUGGACAUCACACUCCUCUUCCGGGCAAGUGUCAAGACUGUGAAGACACGGAACAAGGCUUUGGGAGUGGCGGUGGGUGGCGGGGCCGAUGGCAGCCGGGAUGAGCUGUUCCGCCGAAGCCCUCGGCCCAAAGGAGACUUCUCCAGCCGGGCCCGUGAAGUGAUUUCUCACAUUGGGAAGCUGAGAGAUUUUCUCCUGGAACACAGGAAGGAGUAUAUUAAUGCUUACAGCCAUAUCAUGUCUGAAUAUGGGAGGAUGACGGACACAGAGCGAGACCAGAUAGACCAGGAUGCUCAGAUAUUCAUGAGGACCUGUUCAGAGGCAAUUCAGCAACUCCGAACAGAAGCCCACAAGGAGAUACAUUCCCAGCAAGUGAAGGAACACAGGACCGCAGUUCUGGAUUUCGUUGAAGAUUACUUAAAAAGAGUGUGUAAGCUUUACUCUGAACAAAGAGCCAUCCGAGUUAAGCGUGUGGUGGAUAAGAAGAGACUAUCUAAGCUGGAACCUGAGCCAAAUACAAAGAGGAAAGAACCCCCAUCUGAGAAAGCCUCACAGAAUGCUUCCCAGGACUCGGAAGAAAAGCCUGCCGCCGCCGAGGAGUUGCCAGAAAAGCCUUUGGCCGAAGCACAGCCUGAACUGGGAACCUGGGGCGAUGGCAGGGGUGAAGAUGAGCUGUCUCCAGAAGAGAUACAGAUGGUAAUGCUAACUGCUUCCUUUCAGCUGCCUGAUCUAAGACUUUCAUUUGAACAAGAAAAUCAGCGACUCAUUGGUGAAAUGAACAGCUUAUUUGACGAAGUGAGGCAAAUCGAAGGGAAAGUUGUUGAAAUUUCCAGACUCCAAGAGAUAUUCACUGAAAAAGUUUUGCAACAGGAAACUGAAAUUGACAGCAUUCACCAGUUAGUUGUGGGGGCAACUGAGAACAUCAAGGAAGGCAACGAAGACAUACGAGAGGCCAUCAAAAACAACGCCGGCUUCCGAGUGUGGAUCCUCUUCUUCCUCGUGAUGUGUUCCUUCUCCUUGCUCUUCCUUGACUGGUACGACAGCUAGCCCCCCGAGGGCUGCCCCGUGUCUGCGCUGCUGUCCCAGACACACACACCACAUGCCAGCAUGUGUCUCCUCCGUUGUGUAGCUGUGUAAGAUCCAAGGGCUGGGGAGACAUGGCCCCCAAGCCAACCUUUGGAACCUGUCAGGACCUGGAAAUGCGUGGAUUGAAAGUGCCCUAGGUGGUCCUCGGGGGCAGAGGAUAAAGGGGUGAGGCAGUCAGGAGUGGCACCUCCUGGAGGGCCACAAGCAUGGCAGGGCUGAGCAGGACAGGAAUACGGCACACCUGCUAUCCCCGUUACAAUGCUUGAGGCCUUGUCUCCUGCCCUUCCCACACCAGUAGCUUCAGGGGAGAACAUGCCUAAUGUUUCUAAAGUCAUUGGUUCUUUACUUCCUCGUGGCGUCUAAUGUGUGCUGAUAUAUGGCCAUUUUGUCAAAGAAAACAAUUCACAUCUGCCUUGUCAAGCUAAUAAAUGCAAUUAGAGCCACUUA